AUGGAACAUCUAAGCAAUUUCUAUAACACCAUCCUAAAGUCUUCGCAUCCUAUAUUAUUGGGAUUGCAUCUCGCAGGUAAAGCAGCUCCGAUCGUAUUUUAUAUAAUUGGUUCGUUGUUCUUAGGAUUUACUGCCCAAUUUAUAUGUGUUGUGCUAUUAUUGGCCUUUGACUUUUAUCUAACAAAGAAUAUUAGUGGGAGAAAACUAGUUCAAUUAAGAUGGUGGUAUGAUUCAACCACUGAAAACACAGAAACAUUUAGAUUCGAAUCCUAUAAACAAUACCCACCUUCCUUGGGUCCACCAAUCAACCCAAUAGAUUCGCGAUUAUUUUGGUGGUCGAUGUAUGCUACUCCUAUCGUCUGGGCUGUAUUUGGAAUAUUGUGCAUUUUAAGAUUAAAGUUAUUUUAUUUGGUGUUAGUUGUGGUUGCAGUUUUUUUGACGGGAUGGAACACAUACGGGUUCCGUUGUUGUGAUAAAUGGGACCCUAUUGCUAAAAAUGCUGACAAUUCGACAGAAUCAUGGUUCCAACUACCAAGUAUUCCAGGUUUAGAUAAUCUCCAGAGAAUGGCUAGAUUUCAAUCAUUUUUCCAAGGCCAGAGCUCUUGA